CACAGAGAGACAUAACAAAGAACUUCUCUACUUCUCUAUCUGUGUGGCCUCCGAGAGAGAGUCUCUUUGUUCUUGGCUUCAAUCUUCCUCUACCUGAGUUGAGUUUCCAUUCGAUCGAGACGAUCUUGUAUUCUGAUUUUGUAUAAUGGGUGGACGUUCGAUUGAUGUUGAGCUGGAACUUCCCUCUUCUAAUGCUGCUCGCACUAUGGUCUUAGUUGGACGCACUGGUAAUGGAAAAAGUGCAACAGGCAACAGCAUUCUUGGCAAAAAAGCCUUCAAUUCCAGGCGUAGCUCUAGUACUGUCACGACCACUACUGAAUUGAAGACUGCUACCUUGGAAGAUGGACAACAAAUUAAUGUUAUAGACACUCCUGGUCUUUUUGAUAAUUCUGCCAAAUCAGACUUUAUUGGCAAAGAAAUUGUCCAAUGCAUUAAAUUGGCCAAGGAUGGAAUCGAUGCUGUUCUUGUGGUUCUCUCAACUAAAACUCGCUUAUCAGAAGAAGAGGAGUCUGCAAUCCGUAGCUUGGAAACUCUAUUUGGAAGUAAAAUCUUUGACUAUAUGAUUAUUGUCUUUACGGGGGGAGAUGAGUUGGAAGAAAAUGAUAGCACUUUGGAAGAUUAUUUGGGCCGUGAUUGCCCGGAGCCUUUGAAGGAAAUCCUUGGUCUGUGUGGAAAUCGCUGUGUGCUUUUUGAUAACAAGACUAAGGAUGAAAGCAAGAGGGUCGAACAAGUGCAGCGGCUUCUCUCGCUUGUAAACUUGGUUACAGCACAGAAUGGUGGGCGGCCAUACACGGAUGAGAUAUUUGCUGAAGUGAAGAAAGAGGCCAUGAAACUUCGUGAUCAACAAGAAGAGGUUGCUUCUUUGGAGGGGUAUUCAAAACGAGACAUAUCUCAUUUGAAUGAGCAGAUGCAGCUUGCACAUGAUCUGCAGCUUAAACGAAUUACUGAGAUGGGUGAGUUAAAGAUAAGAGAGAAUACCAUAAUGCUUAAACAAAAGUUAGCAGGUGAACAUGCUGCACGAUUAAGAGCUGAAGAGAUUGCCCAAGAGGCUCAACAAAGGUCUGAGAAUGAAAUCCGAAAGCUUAGUGACGAUCUACAAGCAGAGAAGCGGAAAAGUUACAGAAGCGGCAGCAUAGACCACAGAUUCAGAUGUGCUAUUCUUUAAUGUAAUGAUUGAUAGGCUAUGUGGUAAGGAGAUCGUGGAGUUUGCUGCAACUGGUUGCGACGUCUGGUUUAUGGCUAUGGUAUCAUGUGUAAAUGUGAAAGAUGCUGGCUCACAGGUGGAAGUUUAAUUAAUAUCUCAACUCUUGAACUGUAUCGGAAUAAUGUUGUAAGUAACCAUGUACAUAUAAAGAAAAGUAAUAAAUGUUGAUCUAAGUAUCACUAAUGCUAAUUGAUACACAAAAUAAAUCAUAAUAAAGAUUAAUUGAUAUGAUACAGCUCAUGUCAACACUCCCCU